UUGGUAGAUCGAACGCGGCAAAAUCACCAAACCGGCUCAACUGGCUUCUCGGACACUGGUGGCAUUUUGUGGCUCGGUCGCUCGCUCCAUUACAAACCACUCGAUCACCCAUCCACAUGCGGCCAAGAUGUCUUCUAAUACCAAUAGGGUGUUCGUCUUUGUGAUCAUGGUGUUGAUUGCCGUAUCGACUGCCUGGGAUCUGAUACGAGAAAGGCUUGUGAUGGUGUCGUUGGAUAUCGCCAGUACCGUCGAGCUAGAACGAAACAUAAGUGUGACUCCCAAGAACCACAGCAUUGCAAUAAAAGCAAGUUUCUCCAACAGCAGCAGCAGCAACUCUACUAGUACAGUUCAAAGUAGUAGAGCCAGCAAGGAUCCAUUUGCAAUCGUCCGUGACGGCAAAGUAAUACAUAUGGCGGCAUCGACCCAACAGCAAACCCAGCAACGAUCCGGCGUCACAGUGGAAAAUGGCCAACCACCAUUACUUCUUCCUGAUAGUAAUGCGACCGACUCGAAUUUGACGACGCAAGACUCCAAAUUUCAACUAGUGGAACCCACUACUCCAUCAUCUGACAAAUCACAAGACACGCCAGAGCAGCCGCCAAUUCCGAGCAAUCAAGCAGCAGCUGCAGACACUACCAAUCACGACGACGUGUUUGAUCCAAAUUUAUUGCCGGAUGAUUACAUCUUUCUCGAUCCGUCGAUACCUUCCAAAGAAUGGAUGCACAACUGUGCCAAAACAUUACAGCAGGAUAGCAAUAUCCUCAAGCCCUUUCCAAUCACUAUUCCCGGCUAUUCCUUGGGGGACUGUAUAACACACUGCAACCAGUGCACUAUUGACAAUAAGCAAAACUCAAAUUCCAACAACAGAACCAUUGCAUUUUACUAUAAUGCAUUUGCCUGCCCCAACAAUAAACAAAAUCUGACUGUUGUGGAUCGGAUUCUGAAAAUAGUUGGUCAAAGAGAGGGCUUUGUCAAGCCGGAUCCCAAUGACAUUGUCAUUCAUCUUCCACUCGGAGAUGGUGUGGACACAAUCACAGAUUCCUCAGUCGGAGAUCUCCUGACACAAGGUGCUGUUGAAAGUGAUCAGCCUGAAGCCAAAAACGCAAAGCUUAAAACGCUUCGGAGUCUUUACGACUAUCUAGAGGAGCUAUCCCAACAUCCCGAUGCCAAACUGGUUUUCGUGGGUGGCGGAUCACACAACAAACCAGAAUUAUUUGAAAAGGCAAGAGUCUAUGCCAACUGUCUUCAGAGAGGCCUGGCCAAAGCUGGUAGAGUGGUGGAACUGCAUUUGGACAGUGGAGAUGCCGACAAGGAUUUCUACUUUAUGAGUUAUGCCAAAAAGCUUGUGCUGUCCUCUGCAGAUUAUUCCAGGAUUGCUGGAGCCAUGGCAUUGAGGCAUGGAGGUGAAAUUGUCGGAAACCAGUUUGACAUUGCAGAGGCCGGUCUGGAUAUUACACCAGUACAACAACAAGAAGUACAACAAGAGCAAUCAACUGUAGACGAACCGACGGAGCAACAACCACUGGAACAGCAGCCACAACAACAACCAGCAGGACAGCAACCGGUAGAGCAACAACAACCAGCAGCACAGAAUCAGUCCUCACAUCCUGCCAAUCCUCCGAUAAGUUCAGAUGCUGCUGGCCCCAAUUCGGAAGAUGUGUUUGACCCAAAGCUAACUUUGGAGGACUAUGAGCGCAUGAAACACUCACCUCCUUCCAAAGAGUGGCUUCGCAGCUGUGCCAGCACUUUGGAAACUGAUGAUACCAUUGUGAAACCUUUCCCAACCCUUCGACCGGACUAUGCGUUGGGAGACUGCAUCAAAAAAUGCAACAAAUGCAACCUUGGGCUUCCUGGUAGGCAGAGGAAGAUUUUCGCCCCAAACUUCAAAAGAGACAAAAAUUUCAAUUUGACCAUUGCUGGAUAUUACAGUGAACUUGCAUGUCCCUUCAACACCGCGAACUACACUAUUGUGGAUCAAGUGUUGGAAAUAUUUGGUCAAAGAGAAGGUUUCAUCAAACCAGAUCCAAAUGACAUUAUCAUUCAUCUCAGAUUGGGAGAUGUGGUGGAUUAUACAGGAGAAGAUGUUGGUACCCUCCUCAUCAAAGGGGGCAUUGGAAAUCACCCUGGAGCCAAGAAGAGGAGAGUCAGAUCCGUCCGGAGCGUAUAUGGAUAUUUGGAUGAUUUGAAAAACUAUUCCGAUGCCAAGGUGGUGAUUGUUGGCGGCUCUCACAAGCCACAUGUAUUCAAGAAGAGCAGGGUUUAUGCCAACUGCUUACAAAGGGGUCUGGCCAAGGCUGGAAGGGUAGUAGAGCUGCAACUGGACAAUGGAGAUGCUGACAAAGACUUCUACUUCAUGAGCUAUGCCAAACGGUACAUGUUGUCAACUGGAGGGUUCUCCAGAUUCAUUGGCGGAAUGGCCAUUCUCCACGGAGGUCAGCUCAUUGGGAACAUGCUUGACUUUGAGGAUAGUCUGCCAAACUGGGAUUUCAUCAAACGACAACCAUGA